AUGGUACCAACAAUAGCGAGUGACGUCACUCUCACCUCUCAAGCUGUUACGGGUCGUGAGGAGGAGCCCACUGUCUUGUGGGUAGCUGGGAGUAGUGGCUGGAGUGUGGCAGGAGUGGAGGGCAGUUUUGAAGGCCCUGUCACCAGCCCUGACUAUCCACCACAGCCUGGUCAAAGCCUCUACUAUCCACCACAGCCCGUCACCAGCCUCUACUAUUGUCCACCACAGCCCGUCACCAGCUGUCACCACAGCCCGUCACCAGCCUCUACUGUCACCCAACCCGUCACCAGCCUCUACUUCCACCACAGCCCGUCACCAGCCCCUACCUUCCACCUGGCCCGUCAUGCCUACCUCUACUCAGCUGGUCACCUCUUGUCUCACAGCUGUCCCCAGCCCCUCCACCAGCCGUCAGAGCUCUACUAUCUCCUGCCUCACCAGCCCUACCAUCCACCUCACACCGUCAUGUUUCUCCCAUCACCACAGCCCGUCACCAGCCUCUACUUAUCUACUCACAGCCGUCACCAGCUCCUCUACUAUCCACCACAGCCCGUCACCAGCCUCUACCAUCCACCACAGCCCGUCACCAGUUCUACUAUCCACCACAGCCUGUCAAAAGCCCCCUCUAUCCACCUCACAGCCCGUCACCAGCCCCUACUGUUCACAGCCCGUCACCAGCUCUCCACUGUCCACCAUGUUUCAUCCUCGUUUCAUUAUCCACCAUGCACCAGCCUCUACUGUCCACCACAGCCCGUCACCAGCCUCUACCAUCCACCACAGCCCGUCACCAGCCUCUACUAUCCACCACAGCUCCGUCACCAGCCUCUACUAUCCACCACAGCCCGUCACGCUCCUACUGCCCCACUUACAGCCCGUCACAGCCUCUGUCUACCACAGCCGUCACCAGCCUACCAUCACAGCCCGUCAGCAGCCUCACUGUCUGCCAGCCGUCUCAGCCUCUACUAUCCACCGCAGCCCGUCACCAGCCUCUACCAUCCACUACAGCCCGUCUUCAGCCUCUACUGUCCACCACAGCCGUCACCAGCCCUGCUCAUCCACACAGCCCGUCACCAGCUCCUACCAUCCAUCCAGCCUGUCACCAGCCUCCACUGUCUACCACAGCCCGUCACCAGCCUCACCAUCCACCACAGCCGUCAUCAGCCCUGUCUACCACAGCCCGUCACCAGCCUCUACCAUCCCACCACAGCCCGUCACCAGCCUCUACUUCAUCCACCACAGCCCGUCACCAGCCUCCCUACCAUCCACCACUGUCCGUCAACAGGCCCACUAUCCACCACAGCCCGUCACCAGCCUCUGCUAUCCACUACAGCCAGUUACCAGCCUCUACUAUCCACCACAGCCAGUUACCAGCCUCUACUAUCCACCACAAGCCCGUCACCAGCCUCUACCAUCCACCACAGCCCGUCACAGCUUCCCAUUUAUCCACCACAGCCCGUCACCCCCACUAUCCACCACAGCCUCACCAGCCCUCACCAUCCACCCACAACCCGUCCUCAGCCCUACUGUCUACCAAAGCCCGUCACCAGCCCCUACUAUCCACCACAGCCUGUCACCAGCCCCCACCAUCUGCCACAGCCCGUCGCCCAGCCUCUACUGUCCACCACAGCCCGUCAACAGCCUCUACUGUCCACCACAGCCCGUCACCAGCCCCACUGUCCACCACAGCCCGUCAUCAGCCCCUACUGUCCACCACAGCCCGCUCACCAGCCCCACUGUCUACUUCACCAGCCCGUCACCAACCCCACCAUCCACCACAGCCUCCGUCCACAGCCUCUACUAUCCACCUCACAGCCCGUCAACAGCCUCACUGUCUACCACAGCCU